AAUAUAUCAAAGAAGUUAAAAGAUAUGCUGCAUAAGAUUAAGUAAGAGGGUUUUUCUUUGCACUCUCCAAAUUGUGAAUUGUUUGAACAACACAUUCAAAGUAGAAGAAGCCAUGGAAACUUCUCAUCCUCUUUCUAUUGAAAGUUUCUCUUACAGUUGGUUGGUGAAUCUGAAGCCAUCCAUGGAAAGCCUUGAAGGUUCCCUCAGAGCUUCUCUUGAUGCUUCUGAUGAAGCUUCUUCCUUCAUUGAAAUGGAUCCAAGAAUGCCACCUUCAAAAAGAUUCUUCAGAAACUCCCAAGAUUUCAAAUUUGACUUCCCCACUUCACAGUCCCCUCUCACUCUUGUUGAUGCUGAUGAGCUUUUCUCCAAUGGCUACCUCAUGCCCCUUUUUGUUGAGUCUUUGAAAAUGGAAGCAUAUGAGGCUUCAGAUGCCAAUCCAAGUCUACCUUCCUCAUCACACGUGCCAAAAAUUGUGGUUCCUAAUGCUCAUUCUAGAUGCCCUUCAUUGAAAGGAUGCAGAACAUUGUCAAGGAGAAUAUUUCAGAAGUACCUCAACUUCUUGAGGCCCUUGUGUAGAAGAUUGAGGAGUGGAAAAUCAGGUUCAAAACCUGAAUCUGUUAUUAAAAGAACUGAGUCUGCGAAGAAUAGAGGAUGCUACUCUGAAACAUCCCCACGGAUUAGUGUAGCUUAUUCUGCUGAUGACUGGCGCAAGUCCUGUGAUUCCGAAAGCUCAAUUUAUGAAGCAGUUCUCCAUUGCAAAAGAUCCAUUGAGAGAAUGAAUUAAGGAUUCUGCAAAAGGGUUGCAUUUGGAGAUUAAAAAUGAAAGAGAAAAGAGAGAUUUGAUCACAAGGCUAAACCAUGAUCAGCCACUGCUCUGCUACAUAAUCCUCUGCUUGAAAGAUUUAAAAAUGUCAAUAGGAAAUAAAGAUGUGGUUGGUCAAGCAUUAUUCAAGCACUGUGAUGAAGUUCUGGGAAAAAGAAAGAAGAAAAAAUAUAGUACAAUUUUGUAUGUUCAUCUAAUUUAUUAUGAGAAUGAACAGUUUUACUAAAGAUGAUGAGAAUCUGGGUCCUGUUUGAGUAAAGUUAUUCUUGAACUGAUUUUUUGAAUCAGAAAUGUGUGUUACAGAUGAAUUAUGUAUAUAAGAUUCUGAUAACUUGGUAUAUAUCUUAUCUCUUAUGUUGUUGCCUCCCUGUUCCAUAAACAUGAUCUAUGACAUGCCUUGAAAGAGGGUUUUUGAUUUUA